UUUCGUUAAUUUUUUAUAUAAAUUUUAAACAAAUUCUUGAUAUUGUAAUUAUAUUUUAUAUAUGUGUUUAUAUUAUGAUCACUUUGACUUUAUUCUAUACUAAUUUUAAAGUAAUGGAUAAUGCUAUUUUUCAGAUUUCUAAAAAACUUUGUUAACACAUCUAACAACUGUUUCCUUCCAUUUAAACAUAAGAGGAAUUUAACUUCAUCAAUUUCCCCUUCAACUCCUAACUCUAUAUCUGAACCCUUGACACAUGAUGUUGUUAAGAAUCGCACAGAGUGGCUAAUAUUCAUAAAUUACCUUAAAUAUUUGAGUAAACAUCCAAAAGAAUGCAAAUUUGAUAAGUGUAUAAACAUCUUGAUCAGUACAAGUGAUUUGUUUUUAAAAUACAACAACAAGUUUUACAAUUCAAAUGUUCCUACUCUAAAAUUGGAAUGGAAUAAUGGAAUAUUAAGGCAAGUUAAUACUCCUGUACCAAAAUAUCAUUUUAUCGAAUAUUUAAACUCAUCAAAUACUUUAUCAUUACUUAAAAUUUUCUCUAAAUUGCGUCUGUACCAUAGAAUAAAUACUCACAACUUUGAAAAUAAAACCUCAAAUGUAGUUAAACAUGAAGAAACUUGUUCUUCCAAUUUAUUAUUUUCAGAUAUUCUUGACGGUUUAAACUCCAAUUCAUUUGAAAAUGUCAGUCCAAAAUUUAGAAGUGGCCAAUCAGGACCACUGAGAUUUAAUUCCAAUAACCUACUUGUUUAUCCUGGCAUUUUAUCAAAUCCUUUCAUUUUUGAGUUAGCUGAUAGUUCUGUUAUAAAUCUAUUUAAAACUCCAAUUCCAGCCGGUUUAAACAGUUCUGAAUUUCCAAAGAACAACUUUUCACACUUUAUUGACACUGUAAUGGUUCAGUUUCUUGAUCAAUUGUUAAUAUUUCUUUCUAAAUCUGACUUCACAGAAUCUAAACUCUGUGUCCUUUCAAUGUACCUGACUGUUAUGGUGUAUGGACCAAAAUUAAGGAAUAAAAACAAGUGUAAAGUGGAUAAAAGGGUUGAAGAUUCGAUAAGAAAACUGUUUGAUUAUUUUAUUGAGAGGGUUCAAUCCAGUAAAGAAGAAGUUUCUUUAAGGUCUUUGGCCUAUUUAAUUAAUUCUUGUCAUCCUAAACCUGAGCUAUUUGACUAUGUUUCCAGAAGAAUUAUUGACCACAAGGGCCCUAUUGGUGAAGACUAUUUAGAGAACUUUGCAUUUGUUUUUGCUCGUUCCUACUACACAAAUGAUCCCUUAUACGAGGCUCUAGCAUCAAUUAUCAAUAAUGAAUCCACUAAUUUAGGCCCUUUAGUCACAAUAAACUUGAUACUCAGCUUUUCAAGGAUUUCUAAACUUCACUUGGUUAAGGAUUCACUUUUCAAAAGACUAAAUUCAUUCACUGACUACCAGUUAAAGAAGUGCUCUCAUUUGCUUAGAUCACUUAAGGAACUAUCACAAACUCAUCCUGAACUUAAUACUGUACUCAAUAGGAUAAACAAUUUGUAAUAUAAUACACAUUAUA